AUGCCAAAGAAGGAUAGGCGCUCAGCUAUCACGUACAUCAAUGAUGACAAAGAGCGUGAUUUCACGUUCUCCAAGCGAUGUGGCGGUUUGUUUAAGGUCGCUGCUGACCUCUCUGCCGUCACUAGUGCUAGGGUUGCUAUCGUCGUAGAGAAGGAAAAUGAGAAGAUGCAUUCCUUUGGGAUGCCAUUUGCUGACCCCAUUGUUGAUGCUUUCCUAGCAUGUGCACCACUGGCAAUUCCACUUGCCGAUGAGGCAACAACUACUAGGAUUGCACAACUACAAGGUGAGGUGGCUCGGCUAGAUAUGCAUUGCAUGACAGAGUUUAAGGAAAACCAACUCUCCAUCAAGCAUAUGAAACAAAUCCUGGAGCAACAUCCAGGUACGGUGGCAAACCUUAUCUUCUCGAAGGAAGAAGAACUCGGUCCCAAAGAUCUAAAAAAUCUAUCCACUGAAAUCUAUCGUGUCCAUGAGGAAAUUGGACACCAGUUGCCACCAUUGCAUUAUGGCCACAAGGCCAUGACUAGUGGUGCAAGCAUGAUACAAAAUAUGCCACCAUCAAGUGGUCCACCAUCGAAUCACAUGAAGACUGUCCCUUCAUCAGCGCACUCACCGUGGGCUCACCAUCUGCCACAACACCAGAUGCCUUCGUCUCCACCACCACCAGGACAGAUUGUGGCACCACAGGUUCCUCAGGAACCAUCAAUGUUCCACCCUGCACCAUCUUCUUCAGUGCCACAGAUUGCUUCCCAGCUACAAACCACAUCUAAUCAGGCACUUGAGCUACCUCCCCCACUAGAUAUAAGCAUCAACGACUAUGUAAGUUCUUCCAACCCAGUGAACCCACAACAAAACAAUGCAAACCCAAACUCAACAACUGGGUAUAAUUUGGUGGCCUCUCCACUUUUGGUCAACUCUGGCGUCAAUGAUUUGAUCGUCAAUGACCCAUUUGGGUAUGAAUCAUGGGGUCAUGGCCCAUCGGAUCAACCAUUCUACAAUGGAUUUCUAGAGAUGGGUGCUUACAUGGGCUAUAAUGGUGCCGAUGUAGGACAAUCUUCUGUGGGAAAUGGUGGAUGGAUUGAUGCGCCGCCGGAGUCUUCUUCUAGCUAG